ACUUCAGGUGCCCUGGUGGGUGGACAGAAGCUGACUCCUCCCCCAACCCGUCCACCCAGUAACACUUUGGCCAGUCCCAUCCCUGUACGUCUGAGCCUGCCAGUCCCUCCUCACGUGCACACCAUGGCUUUGUGUCUGCUAUUGAGUGUCCCGGAGCCCCAAACCACAGGGUCAACACCACCAAAGAAACAGGGACUCUGCUCUCAUCUGCUCGCCCCUGCCCCCCGCGUAAUCCCCUGGUGCUCACACAGCCCCACCGUAAAGUUUUUCUAGCUCCCUGGCAGACUUGUGCCGCUGUUUGCCAGAUCAAAGCCCAGUGACCUGAGUGGCCUGUCCCCAGCAGAGGCCACUUGUCCCUGUGGACCCAUCCCGUUGGGAAAGGCAUGGGUUGAACUUUAACCAUUAGGCUCAGGGGUUGGGAUGAGUUUCUACAAAAAGAGGUGGGUACAUGCCAGUCCACAGUGGUCCUGAUCAAAGUGAGGACAGCAGGGAACAUCACCCUCUUCAGAUUGGAGUCAGUGGGAACAGACCCAAGAUGUCAGGGAGGAACGCUUGGAAGACCUCAGCUUUCUCCUUGGUGGAGCGGAUGUGGGCCCCCCUCUGGAGCCGUCCAACAAGGCCAGAGCGAUGGUGUUCUCAGCAUUCCUGUGCACGGCAAACCAGCACUAACACUUUGCACCCACUCUGGACGGGCCCAGUCUCUGUGCCAGGGGGCACCCGGCAGUCUCCCAUCAACAUCCAGUGGAGGGACAGCAUCUACGACUCCCGGCUAAAGCCACUCAGGGUCUCCUAUGACGCAGUAUCCUGCCUGUACGUCUGGAACACUGGCUACCUCUUCCAGGUGGAAUUUGACGAUGUCACCGAGGCAUCAGGAAUUAGUGGUGGGCCCUUGGAAAACCACUACAGACUGAAGCAAUUUCACUUCCACUGGGGAGCAGUGAACGAGGCGGGCUCGGAGCACACAGUGGACGGCCACGCGUACCCCGCCGAGCUGCAUUUAGUUCACUGGAAUUCUGUGAAAUACCAAAAUUACAAGGAAGCUGUCAUGGGAGAGAAUGGCUUGGCCGUGAUAGGUGUGUUUUUAAAGCUCGGGGCCCAUCAUCAGACGCUGCAGAGGCUGGUGAACAUCUUGCCGGAAAUAAAACACAAGGACGCGCGGGCGGCCGUGGGCCCCUUCGACCCCUCCAGUCUGCUGCCUGCCUGCCGGGAUUACUGGACCUACGCGGGCUCGCUCACCACCCCGCCGCUGACCGAGUCGGUCACCUGGAUCAUCCAGAAGGAGCCCGUUGAAGUGGCCCCAAGCCAGGGGGGCCUCUGCGUGCACGAACAUCUUUGUCUCCUGAAAAAUGGCCUUUGUCAGUUAUUUUUAAAAACUGGUGUUAAUCCUGAGAUGUGGAGAUACUCCUGGGAAGCCAACCGAGCCUGGACACACGGAGAUGAAACCACAAACACACCCAGAGGAAAAGACAUUGAUUCCAACCCUCAAAGCAACGGGACAAAAAACAAACAGGAGGCUUCCCUCCCGCCCCAGGGACAGCGGCCAAUGUCGGCGGCUCUGCAGGACAGACUCUCCCUGGGACCAGAUUGCAACUUCCGAUUAUAUUAUAGAAUUUCUGGCCCAACUUUUAAGGUUCAAGGCUUCCUCCCUUUGCUUUUAUGUUAUUUUCUCGUUUAAUAAAGAUACGCGUGUGUGAGAA